AUGGCAUCAGGACAAGAAGAUCGAGCUGAAUUGGACGCCAGGGCAAGGCAGGGUGAGACCGUGGUUCCAGGGGGCACCGGUGGGAAGAGCCUGGAAGCUCAGCAGCACCUUGCCGAAGGAAGGAGCAGGGGAGGGCAGACGAGGAGGGAUCAGCUGGGAACAGAAGGGUAUCAGGAAAUGGGAAGCCGAGGUGGGCAGACCAGGAAAGAGCAGAUUGGGCGGGAAGGGUAUCAGGAGAUGGGCCGUAAGGGUGGGCUCAGCACCAUGGACAAAUCCGGUGGCGAACGUGCUGCUGAGGAAGGCAUUGAGAUUGAUGAGUCCAAGUUCCGCACCGCCAACCGCUGAACCACCUAAGCUAGCUAGCUAGGUGGGUUCAAUGAUGUCCCUGUUUUUUUUUUACUUUGAAAAAGUUGUAUUUAGUUAGUAGGGGGAGUCUUUGGUCAUCUUUUGGUGGUUUGUCUAUCCGUCUGUAAUGUAGGUUGGGUACUUUUGUCUGUGUCGGUCUUUCUUAGCAGUGAUCGGUUUCUGGGCCAGUUUGGUUGUUGUCUAGUAGAUCUAGUGAUGUUUGCUGGGG